CAUGAACUUGGCCAGUCAGAGCGGCGAGGCCGGCGCCGGCCAACUGCUCUUCGCCAACUUCAACCAGGACAACACGUCCCUGGCCGUUGGCAGCAAAUCAGGAUACAAAUUCUUCUCCCUUUCUUCUGUGGAUAAGCUGGAGCAGAUCUAUGAAUGCACGGACACAGAGGACGUGUGCAUCGUGGAGAGGCUCUUCUCCAGUAGCCUGGUGGCCAUCGUGAGCCUAAAGGCCCCCCGCAAGUUGAAGGUCUGCCACUUCAAGAAGGGGACAGAGAUUUGCAACUACAGCUAUUCCAACACCAUUCUGGCCGUCAAGCUGAACAGGCAGAGGUUGAUAGUAUGCUUAGAAGAGUCUCUGUACAUACACAACAUUCGGGACAUGAAGGUACUGCAUACGAUCCGGGAGACCCCCCCAAACCCCGCAGGCUUGUGCGCAUUGUCGAUAAACAACGACAACUGCUAUCUGGCUUACCCGGGGAGCGCGACCAUUGGGGAAGUGCAAGUCUUCGACACCAUUAAUCUGAGAGCCGCCAACAUGAUCCCUGCCCAUGACAGCCCUCUGGCUGCGUUAGCCUUCGACGCAAGCGGCACCAAGCUGGCCACAGCAUCCGAAAAGGGGACCGUGAUCCGGGUAUUUUCCAUUCCAGAGGGGCAGAAGCUCUUUGAAUUCCGAAGAGGAGUGAAGAGGUGUGUCAGCAUCUCCUCCUUGGCCUUCAGCAUGGACAGCAUGUUCCUGUCGGCGUCCAGCAACACGGAGACGGUGCACAUUUUCAAACUCGAGACUGUGAAAGAGAAACCUCAGGAGGAGCCCACAACUUGGACGGGUUAUUUCGGGAAAGUGCUAAUGGUCUCCACAAACUACCUGCCCGCCCAGGUCACGGAGAUGUUCAACCAAGGCCGAGCCUUUGCAACGGUCCGGCUCCCCUUCUGCGGGCACAAAAACAUCUGCGCGUUGGCCACAAUUCAGAAGAUACCUCGUCUGUUAGUGGGAGCCGCGGACGGGUAUCUGUACAUGUACAAUCUGGACCCCCAGGAAGGAGGGGAAUGCACACUGAUGAAACAGCACAAGCUGGAUGGCAGCAUGGAGCCCUCCAACGAGAUUUUAGAAUCCGCGUCGCAUGACCGGCCGCUGGUGGCGCAGACUUACAGCGCUGCUGUGACUAAAGGUACUUACGUGCCUUCUUCCCCUACGAGACAUGCCUACACCGAGGACCUCGGUGCAGUCGGCGGCGCUUGCCUCGAAGACGACUCCAAUGCCCUGCGAUUGGAUGAAGACAGUGAGCACCCGCCGAUGAUUCUCCGGACGGACUGAGCUCGGACU